AUGUUGGGUCAACUGUUCCCAAGAUUCUCCCCGUUCCUAUUUUUCUUCACUUAAAUCUACUACUUCUCUCAUUAUAUCAAUCAAAGAAACUUCAUAGAUGGAAUUGUGUAAUUCUUCUGUACUGACCCGAAAUAAUGUUUAAGUUUCUAAGUUUGGGAGGCCCUGCUUUUUUAUUGCUCUCUUCACUCUCUUUAACUUUGAUUUUCUGCUCCUACAUGUUCCAUUUUUCCAUCAGUCCUAGCAUCAAGUUCAUAAGCAAACAAGAUUCAGCUCCUCCUACCAAUUCCUUACACAUUACUACUAGUAAUCAGUCUCAACCUGCAGCUUAUGACAGGUCCGAUUGUGACUUGUUCAAUGGUACUUGGGUACAAGAGCAGAUGGGUAGUAAUUCCCUGUAUUAUACAAACUUCAGCUGUCCAACAAUCCCUUAUUCGAAAAACUGUCUGUUGAAUGGAAGGCCAGAUGAAGAAUUCAUGCACUGGAGAUGGAAACCUGAACAAUGUACACUCCCUCGCUUCAACGCAAAAACAAUUUUGACCUUUGUUAAAGGGAAGACGAUGGCCUUCAUAGGCGACUCCCUGGCACGGAACCAGAUGGAGUCCCUCCUGUGUCUUUUAUCUUCGGAAGAAACUCCAGCGGACAUAUACAAGGAUGUUGAAGACAAAUUUAGAACAUGGCUGUUUCCUCGUUACAACUUCACUCUCAUGGUCCUUCGCACAGAAUUUCUUGUCUUUGCUACUGAGAGAGUUAUCAAUGGAACAUCUACGGGCAAAUUUGACUUGCAUUUGGACAGAUUAAAUGGCAGUUGGACCAAGCAUUUACCCAACAUAGAUUAUGCUAUUUUCUCAGAUGUACAUUGGUUCCUUCGGUCUAAUUACCUUUAUGAAAAUGGCAAUCUCAUUGGAUGUAUUUAUUGUGGAGACGUAGGGGUUCAAGAUCUUGGCCCUGGCUAUGCCAUCCGAAGAGCAUUUCAAGCUGCUUUCAACCACAUUAACGAAUGUGUGGAAUGCUCAGGUAUUUUUGUACUUUUGAGGACAUUAUCGGCAAGGCAAUUCGAGCAAGGAGCAUGGAAUACAGGAGGAAUAUGCAACAGAACAAGACCAUUUGCCAGAGAUGAACUUAAAAUUGGUAAUCAAGAUUGGGAAAUUAGGAGCAUUCAAAUUGAAGAAUUUGAAAGAGCAAGAAAAGAUGGACAUAAAAAUGGGAACAUGUUUGAACUAAUGGAUGUGACAAGAGCCAUGUCAAUGAGACCUGACGGACAUCCAGGAGCCUAUUGGGGUAAUAAAUGGAUGAAGGGCUAUAAUGAUUGUACCCAUUGGUGCUUGCCAGGGCCUAUUGAUACAUGGAAUGAAUUUUUAUUGGAAAUUCUUAGAAGAAAACUCUCGGAUUUCAAUUGAGGUCGUCAAGAGAAACAAUCUUAUUUUUUAGAUUCAAAAUUUUGUUUCUUUCGGUUGAGUUCAGGAGGACAUGUAUUAUGAAUAAUGAAAGCGGCAUUCAGCCUAAUAGUAUAAGAACAGUUUGUGUAAUUUUUCGUUUAUCAUAUUUGGUAACCAUAUCACUGUAAUUUACAACUAAUUGGUAUAUGUAUUAUGUAACCUGGGAAAUAUAAUAUUCACUUAAAAAAUUGUUGAAAA